AUGGCUACGGUGAUCUCACGAUGGGAUCGGCAACGGCGACAGAUCCGCCUUCAUCCGCGCGGCAGUUUAUUCCCGAGGAAAAAGCUAUUGAGAUAUAUUCUCUUCACACUCGCGGUUAUUGCAAUCCUUCCCCCUCUCUACUUCCAUUUCAGUCUCCGCCGAUUUAACCAGCUACAAUUGCGAAAAUGCAGCUGGAUGCGAAGUCCUCCUUUAGUGUGUGCUCAUGGGGGUGACUCUACCAAGGCUUUCCCCAACACUAUGGAUGCAUAUAAUAUUGCUUUAAGUUCUCAAGUUGAUUGCAUAGAGAUUGAUGUUUCUCGUUCAUCAGACGGAGUAUUGUUUGCUCUACAUGACAGGGAUCUGCAGCGAAUAUCUGGGAACGGUACUUCUAAAGUUGGUCAUUUAAGUAUGAAAGAGAUUGUAGAUCUCGGUUCUAGUCAUCAUCAUUUACUGGAGCAUGGUGUGAAUGUUCCAACCAUCGAAGAUGCAUUAGAGUUGGUAUCAGGUUCUGUACGGCAGGUUAUUCUUGAUGCUAAAGUUGGGCCACCGCUGUAUGAGAAAGGACUUGCUAAGGAUAUUCUUUCUAUCGUUGAAAAAACCAAGUGUAAAAAUUGCCUUGUAUGGGCAAAAAGUGACAGCCUAGCGAGGGAUUUGAUCAAAUUAUCCAUAGAUACAAUGGUGGGCUAUAUCGUAAUGAUAGAUGGUACGACUGGAAGUAGGAUGAAAUUGCUGAGGAUGAGAGGAGCGGGUGUGGUUGGCGUCUAUCACCCUUUGAUUGACGAACAACUUGUGAAAGUCCUCCAUAGGAGGAAAAAGAAGGUGUACGCGUGGACUGUUGAUGAAGAUGAGGCGAUGCAGAAGAUGUUGUUGGAAGGUGUGGAUGCAGUGGUCACGAGUAAUCCUUCACGGCUGCAGCGUGUUAUGCAAGAUGUUCGGACCGAAUGCUUUCGAGAAGGGUUUUCAUUGAAUUCUUAA